AGCUUCAUUCAUCUAUUUUUCCCCUUCCUUCCCUGUGUACAUUUAUUCUCUCGAUUUACUUGUACCCCUUCAGGGAUGUUUUCUUCUUCACGAACAAAUGCAACAUGGUUGAUUCUUCCAGUCCUCGGAGCCGAGGAUAGAACCAGCUUGCGUGAAUAAUUGCACAUGAUUUUUCGAAGGGGUCUGUCUUCCUACGACUCUUUUUCAGCAGUAUGUCGUUUGCGUGCGACCGACAGUUCUCCACUGAUUUCCAGUGAAUAUCUCAUUUCGAAUAACAUAUCCUCUCAUGAUGUUGCUUGAUCUACUCCUGAAACAUUUACAGCAUCCUGAAAAUGUUGUUCUAUAAGGUUUUGGCUUGGAUCUUAUGUGCGUCGCAGCACGCUGAUCUUGAGGGCUGGGGAAGCGUGCGUCCUGUUAUGGCCAUAAUCCUGUGUACCCUUCACGCUUCUCGUCCACUUUUCACUCAAGUAAAUAUAAAAUCUAUAAAUUCAUCCUAAAUUUAUUCUUCCUCUAAGCUACUUAAUGGGUGGCACAUCGAGACAAUUACAUGAUUUCCCAUCCUGCCAUCCUCUUCCAUCGACAACAUCUCUCUCUCUCCAUCUUUUUCUCUCUCUCUCCAUCUUUUUCUCUCUCUCUCCAUCUUUUUCUCUCUCUCUCCAUCUUUUUCUCUCUCUCUUCCUCUCUGUCUAAUCUACUACUGGGCGUCACUUAUAGACCACAGUUUCUGCUUCGGGAUGUGGAAGAAGGCGGGAGUGCGCUUAAUGUUAAGGCUCAAAGCAAUUCAUCUUAAAAUAAGAAGCACCUCUGGCCCAUUUGUUAAGGGGAGAACGCGUCAAAGAUGCACUUCUAGAUGAAUAUACUUGAGGUCUAAUAAUGAGUGGAGUUCUGUCCAGCGAGACGUUGCUUGGUGGAAAAGGUCGCACUUGUGCGUAACAACAUUCGAUGAGCAGCACCUCGAUUGCACACGCCGCAUCACCUCGCAAGAGACGUUUCGAGUAGUGUUAAGACUCUUGAACUAGAUCUCGAGCUCGACUUCAUGAACUGAGGGGUUAGUACUAUCUCAUCUUUGUAUUGGGAGAGUUCUUAGUGCAAGUUGAUCUAGUAAAAGCUUACAGCCGAUCUUUUAGACCUACUGGGAUGAAUAUAUCAGGAUAUUAUAGUAAAUACUAUGUUAACCUUCUCGUUCACCUCAAGUAUGAAAGUCAUAGGUCCUCGCAGGAAGGUCAUAGAUAUGCGACCUGCUACACUAGAACUAGAGGGGGGUCAACAACUUGGUAUCCCUAAGAGUAAGCGACGACUGCCUUGCGGAUGUUAACUGUCAGGAGUGCUUUCAGACUUCGAAUGGAUAUAUGAAUCCAUCAACAUUGGGAUGGGCGCACAAAGCAGCAAGAUUUAAGGCUACCGCUGAAGCAUCCUCAGCAUUAUAUAUCAAUCCCGUGUCUCUUUUUCAAGGGGAAAAAGGUCCCAGGGAUGCUUUCAGGGAUGCGAACGCGGUACUAGCUCUAAAAGCUGCACCAGUGACGGUGUCCGGUGCGCUUUGGGGCUCGACGUGGCACCUGGUAAGGUCGGUGAUGUCGCGCUUUCGUGCUAUAGAAGCGCACAGACUGCACAAAGCAACCUCGAUGAUAUGGUGAGAAAAGCGAAGACCUACUACAGAAAGACUCCGCAUUGGCGGCCGCAGCUAUAUUUAAGGCUAGUUUUUCACUAUCCCGUAUGGACAGUAACUAUGCGGAGUGGGUUCCCUCUGUUUUCAAGGGGAUAAAUUGAGGGGAACAAGAAAGGGAGCAAACCACUCUACCACGGUGGGCAGUGAAAAAUUCCGAUGGCGUUAAGAUAUCCGAUAUCAAGAUACCAUGUAGACACUCUUGGAGAAGUCGGCGUUUGUGCGACUGAAACCUCGACGUUGUACAUUUUCUACGACGGGUACGAUUGCUCCAACUGGGGUAGCAGAGUACAUCCGCGGAUCGAUCAACAAGAACACUUCAUAACUCAUCGUAAUGCUAAGGCUCAAGAAUGUUGUAUUUCAUUUCCACAACCAGAGGUCAUUUUUCUCUGUUUCUUCUUAGAAUACUGAGAAAGUGACCCUCUCUAUCAGAACUAGGCUCUACGGGUGCUACGGACAGCACUAUCGUGGACGUCCACAUGAAAACCUGCUAAGAAAUGAAUUGCUUCGAGCUCUAAUAAUGGAAGCCUUCGCUUGCAAAGGUCCCCGGGAGAUGCAAUCUUAAUGCUAGAUAAAGCGAAGAGGUAUUGUGAUAAUCACAGGAGCUGCGCGGGCAUACGAAACGAAUACAACCCGGAUACCUUGGGAACGGAUCCACGACAACUAUUACGGCUAUAUUUAGAUCUCUUGCUCUUCUACUUGCAUACGAGUGAAAAGUAUUAAAUUUCGACUGAGGUGGUUCAACUUAGUAUCUAUUAAACGUCGACUUCCUCCUGCUUAGAAGAACCUAUAAUAGCAGGAAACUGGAAACAAGGAUGGGUUGUUCUUCCUGUCGGUACCUACAACGUCUAAGAAUCGUCACUUUCUCUUUCUAUUCGGAACUACCACCGACUGAGGCGAUCAAGGGGCGCCAUGAUGUUGGUAUUAACCCGUUAUGUGUGAAAGAAACCCCUGGGGCGAUGCGGUAUAGGACGUGGAAGAAAGCGCAUCCCACUUGUCCAUGGAGACUCAGCUACGCAGCUGGUUUUGACAAGGACAAUAUCAACACAUAUGCAGCGCACAAGCUCCCAGAGAUUAACGGUGGCUCUGACGUUACCUGGGACGACAUUGUUUUGCAGUGUGGUCCCAAGUUUGGUUUCAGGGUUUGCCAAGAUCCAGCACUACCAGAAUGCGACGAAAUCCGCGGGAUCUGCAGAGCAGCCGGCAAGUGUGCGGCAGAACAUGGUCGUAAAAUUAUGGACGAUCAUUGCUUCUCUAUUUCUAUUUUUUUCUAUCCAUGACUUUUUCAAUUAAGUAGAUGAAAAGUCAUUUACAUAUUAUGCGAGAUAUUACAACUAGAGAAGUCCACCAUGCAUUGGAAGCGCCCUCUGCUAAUAAGACAGCCAGUCAGAUUCGUGCUCUGUGCAGCCCUUCGGGGGGAAAAUACGACGAAGCCAUGAUGAGAACAAACGACUGUGAGUUGGUUGAGGGUUAUAAUGAACAUUUGCGGAAACAUUUGAAGCCUGGAGGAGUGGUCGCGGAUACUGUGCCAGCAUUGACAUUAAGGCUACUUAUGUUUGAGCAUCCUCAGCAUUCAUCUCUGACCCUGUUUUGCAUUCUUAUAUAUUUUUCAAAUCGACAACAAGAACAACAGAUACAAGGGAGCCAGUACAAGAAUCGCAACAGACAACUGCUAAGUACAACAAGGAUGAUGGCUCUUCUAAUACCUGGAUUCCCAACCCUCGAGUCUGGCGGUAAGAUCGUUACUUAUGGCAUGUGCGACAGAGACCAGCAUAUAAGGCAACCAGAGAAGAGCUAUAGAGCCUUCGGUAUGGAGGCGGAUCAUUUUAUGGCAAAUCGAAAUUCCUAUCCGGUGUCGGUGUGCGUGUGAGGCAUCCACCUGCUGAGUGAAGAAGUUUCCCUUAAUGUUAAUACAGAUUUCAAGGGUCGUUGGACAUUUCUACGAAGGUGGAAAUACAUAUCACCAGGGCAACUCACGACUCAACCACGAAGUACUUAUAGUGAGGACAAGUAAGCGAGGUUAGUGAAAUUAAAUAUAACCUACAAUCUAUCUCAUACUCCACUAUAGUGAGGACAAAUAAGAACUAUUGUUCAUCUCGUGAAUGAUAAGAUUUUUGACUAUCUAAGGUUCACAAGGCUACUGCCUCUUCGUCUUCUAAUUAUUGUACUGGAGCAGAGCUACCUGCAUGCUCUGACGCUUGUCCUAGCGCGAUGAAUGGUGUGUGCGAAGACGGCGAGCCCGCUGGUCCGGAUGGGAAAGCCGUUGCGACCAUGGCACCUUUGAGCAGCAGUUCCAGGGGCUCUGCCUUUACCCUGGAUGCCGGAGAAGAGGGGCAAAGUACAGUGGAGGCUCUAGGUGAAGGGCUGUUGAGCUGGACUUCUUAAGGCAGCUAUUUUUCUGCCUAAUUUUUCUUAUUGUUAUUCUUCGGGAGCAUCCUGGAGCGAGGAGAGGGGGUUCAUCUCUCUCAACCAGGAUCGACAACAAGGAUCGAUGAGUUGGGUUUUGUGAUGGGUUAAUGUGAUCUGCUCUUCUAAGCUUGGGGUGUCGAACAACAUCAGACAAGACCGAAUGGAACUUUUUCGAGUGCAAAUUUUCGAGCCCCGCAGCAUCAACGCACUCUCGCUUCUCGUCCCGACGUACACGCUUGCCCACGCGGCACUGACUGCUUCGACUGUGGUGUACGUCAGAAUGUGUGGCGACGCUUAACACAUUCUCAUUUCUGGUCACCAGAGGAUGACGACCAGAGGCGCCACAAUUAAGAAUUACAUUUCCCAGUAGAGAAUUGCUUUUCCCAGUACUAAGUAGAUCAUCGAUCCUUGGCUCUUUUCCUAGUAGAAGAGAAGCCAGGGGUGUAGAUGUAGUUCUGAGGAAUCAAUGUACUUAAUCAUCCCGUAAGAACCUCUAACACAACAACUACCGCAGAGAAGUUGACAACACUAAGCCACCGGGAGACCCUGUUUCAUCUCCGUAUGUAAGUUCUGGCUUGAUAACCAGCAUGGAAGAUCUCCGUAGAAAGAUGGAGCGUGAGUUUGGGUAUGCGGUUGGCUCAACGAAUGGGACAACGGCUGGUAGAGCAAUAGCCGUGAAUGGGGCUUUACUUGGUAUGAACACAAGGAUGCGUAUCUGUGAAUUGAUGCCUGAGCGUAGUGGCACGUACGCAGUCGCGCCCGAUGCAGAUAUUCAGGUAUCUUUUGGCAACGUGCAGCAAUGUGUGGAGACGUUGUCAGUGCAUUCACUCUUGGAUACGAUAUUGCGUAACAACCAGGUUGCAGGCCAGCCUCUAGAAGCCGUUAAGGAACGCCCUCUAGGAGCAUGGAAUCUUCGGGCUGACAACGGAGGCGGCGCAUGCGGGGUGAAUCAGUAUGUCACGGCUGCUCCCUGUCUUGCUGGUUCGCCGGACUUAACCAGGGUCGAAAUUCCGGUACCACCGGAGAAAAUUGCGGCAGGAAGGAGCUCCACGUACAGAGAAAGCUGGCCGGUGCGCAUUUCGGAACCGACUAUGCAGUGGAGGUAUUCUCCGAGGCCCACGGCGGAAGUGAUACCUACAAUUACGGCUUCUGGGCGUUAAAGUUCAUGUUCAUCUUCAUCUCAAGUCCAAGACGGGCUAUCUUUCUUUGACACGUUUCUUUUCAAAUCGAAAACAAACCAAAGACGACUUUCAACAUUAAAAAUUCACAAGAUUUUUGGUUUGAAGUAUUAGGUGGUGAGGCGCUGCCGCUCUAAUGCAAAAUACCAUGACAAUAACUAUGACUUCUCGCGCAAGGCGGGCUUCGAGUACAUUUUAGGAUAUGCGAAUUUCGAUCUGGAAAAACACUGGAACCCCAAUCACGUGGACUAUAUGCCUUUGGAUGGUCUGUAUCUGGCGACAAAAAGCAGCGACCCGGUUCGGACGAGUGCGGCGCUGGGGAGGCCUUACGCUACAAUCGGUGGCGUAGCGUUAAGGCUUGAUACAAUUCGUUUCCAAGAAUGUUCUUCAUUGUCUUCGGCUUCUUUCCCAAGAACGUUCUCCAUUUCUUCAGAAAUGGAGGGAACAAGAAAUGGAAGGUCGUUGCCGUUACCUUACAAUGAAUACAUGAUGUGAGCUGCUCUAAUACAGUGUCGCUUCGAAGUUUUGAGUCAAUCGACUAAUGCGGGUGCGACUGCGGCAACGGUCCAAAGUUUGAUGGAGGCUGAGAGUUCGGACAUCGGGCUAAGAUGCACCAACGUAGAUCCCAGGCGGAGAGACGGAUUUGCAAUUGACAUCAUGUGCGCAGCUUCAACGACCACUACCACAACCACACAGAAUUUUACGCUUCGUACUUGUACUAGUAGCUAGUUGUAGGAACGAUCUGUUUUCGAUCUUGAAGAUUUUUUUGAAAUUGAACAAUAAAAUAAAGUUGUUCACUUCGUGACGUACUAGUUGCAGAUAUAUUGUCAUCGAAUACAACAUAGAAUCAAACUGUAGUUUUUGCAAAAAUAAGAAAAUUAUACAUAGGCCUCUACGAAGAUUGCUCUCUAAUUCUCGUGUCGGAAUUUGGAGCUCUUGGGGUUCCUGCGUGUCUGGAAAGCAGUCUCGGACUUUUUCCGUGACGACGGUCGCAGAUGGUCAUGGUGGCAUUGCUUGCCCGCAUUCGGACGGCGCCACAGAGGAACAGUCUUGCGGCGUUGCUUGCGUGGGUCAAUGGUCUAGUUAUUCCGCGUGUGUGGAAGGUUCGCAGGGCCGGACGUAUCAAGUACUCACUGCGGCAUCCGGAGGUGGAGAGGACUGUCCUUUUACGAAUGGCGCCGCGGAUACGGAUCGAAGCUGCGGCACGAAUUGCGUGGAAGCUUGGGGCAGUUGGUCAUCGUGUAGUGAGGGUGAAAGAGAGCGGACGCAUAUUGUUACCACCGCUGCAGCAGUUAAGGCCUUGUAGUUCAUCUUCACGUUCACAAAAAAUCUCAUCCAUGAUCAUUUAGAAGAAGGUCUACUUCCCUAACAUAAUUUUAGAAUUUUAUUGGGUCCCGUUUUAAUAAAGGUUUUAAUACAUAGUAAGAUGAUGAAGCAGAUGUGUUAGAUUUCACUGAUUGUAGUUUCUGAAGAAGGAAAACGCCGGACACCAAAUCGUCCUCUAAUGCAAACGGAGGAGUUUCGUGUCUCCGACCACACGGUCUCAAACAAACGGAGAGCUGUGGGGUCAAUUGCGCAGGAAGAUGGAGUGACUGGACAACUUGUUCCUCCGGGUCGCACACUCGGAAGUACACCGUAACGACAUCUGCGUCAGGUGGGGGAAAAGCUUGUGAUUACACCCACAAUGAAGAACAGGCGGCCACCUGUGGGACUGCAUGCGCUGGAAGCUGGGGGGAUUGGGGUGCCUGCGCCGAGAGUGAGUCUGUGGCAACCUAUACAGUGACAACUGCUGCGGCGAACGGCGGCACAGAAUGCGCCAACGCUCAUGGGGACACAAAAAAGAAUCCUAUCCCCUGUGGCGUGGCCUGCUUCGGAGCCUGGGGCGAGUAUUCGACCUGUGUCGAAGGGCAGCAGGCGCGAACCUAUAGUGUUGUGAUCGCGGCCGCCGGUGGUGGGAAGUCCUGUGACUACGCAAAUGGCCUAACAGAUGUCGCAACUUGUGGAACUGAUUGUGCCGGGAGUUGGUCUGUGUGGGGAACCUGUGUCGAGGGGUCCCAAAAGCGUACCUACACAGUCGACAGCCCAGCUUGGGGCGGAGGAAAGAUUAAGGCUUCCCCUAAUCCAUUCUCGAAAGCAUCUUACUUGAUGAAGCCGCUCCAGACGAAGGAGGGGGCAUCAACAUGAUGCGCCUCGAGACGGAUAAUGGUGAGCGCUAAAGAGAGUUGCCCUUCCGCGAAUGGUGACGAGGAGACGCAGGAUUGCGGUGUCGCAUGCGUUGGCGCGUGGAGCGCUUGGGGAACGUGCUCCGAAGGGACGCGGCUUCGGCACUAUAGCGUUUUGCAAGCGGCCAAAAACGGCGGCCGGUCGUGCCCUCAUGCAGAUGCUGACAGCCAAUCGGAGUCGUGCGGAUUUGAUUGCGUUGGUCAGUGGGGUCGCUGGUCAGACUGCUAUGAAGGUUCCACGAGUGCCACGUUUGCGGUUCUAUUUGGGGCGUCCCUCGGAGGCAAAUCGUGUGACUUUGAGCACGGUGCGGUGAGGUCCGAGGAUUGCGGCGUCAGCUGCGUCGGUGCUUGGACUGAAUUUAGUAAAUGUUCGAACGGGAAGAAAAGCCAGAGAUUUAUGGUGUCUCAGCCUGCUCUGUUCGGGGGCAAGUCGUGUUCUGAGGCCCAUAGGACGGUAAACACACAAGACUGCGGCACUAAUUGCGUUGGAAAAUUUGUCGGGUGGGGCGCAUGCGUCGAAGGUUCAAAGUCGAAUCCCUACAGCAUUAUCAGCGGGGCGGCGGAUGGGGGCAAGGAGUGCAGCGCGAAAGACGGUUUUGUGAGGACAGAGGGUUGUGGCACAGACUGCGUCGCUGCGUGGAGCGAGUACGGCGCUUGCGUGGAGGGAUCGCAGAGUCGCACCUUUACGGUUUCUGCCGAGGCACGCGGCGGGGGCAAAAGCUGCGAAGCGGUGCACGGCACUACAGAGACCCAAAGUUGCGGCACUAGCUGCGUCGGCUCGUGGUCUGGUUACGGAACCUGUGUAGAAGGCGAGCAAAGCAGGCGUUUCACUGUAACAACGGCAGCAUCCGGAGGAGGCAAAUCGUGUUCCGCUGCACACGAUGCAGUGGAGACACAGAGGUGCGGAACGGACUGCGUCGGCUCGUGGGGUGCUUGGGCUGCUUGCAACGAAGGCUCACAGAGUCAAACUUAUACCAUUUUGACACCUGCCAGUGGCGGUGGCAAGUCCUGUGCCUCAUCAGCCGGCGCGACCAGCGCGCGAGCGUGUGGCACUAAUUGCGCCGGGGAUUGGGCUGCUUGGGCUUCCUGCAGUGGUGGAACACGAGCGCGGCUCUAUGAAGUUACUACUGCCGCGUCUGAUGGCGGAAAGCCCUGCCCUACGGCACACGGCGCGAACCAAACGGAGGCGUGCGGGACAAAUUGUGUGGGCUCCUUCAACUACUCUAGUUGGACUAGCUGUGUCCAGGGUGUGCAGUCACGGAACUAUACCGUAACCACCGCAGCUGCGGAUGGGGGAAAGAGCUGUUCUUACGCAGACAAUUCUGUCCAAACUCAAGCAUGCGGUACGAAUUGUGUCGGGGCUUGGGCUUCUUGGUCGAGCUGUGUUGAAGGUUCCCAGUCUCGCACGUACACAGUCUCGGCCCCUGCUUCAGGUGGCGGGAAGAGCUGUGAUACGCCGCACAACACUUUGGAGACCAGAAGUUGCGGAACUAACUGUGUUGGAUCGUGGGGUUCUUGGGCAACUUGCGUUGAGGGCAACCGAAACCGCACGUACAGUGUGUCAGCGGCAAGCACCGGUGGCGGGAAGUCGUGUGAUAGCACAGACGGCGCUCGAGAGUCUCAGUGCUGCGGAACGAAUUGUGUCGGUGCGUGGUCGGCUUGGGGCAUAUGCGUCAAGGGUUCGCAGACACGUCGCUACGGUGUUUCCGUGGCUGCAGCAGGUGGCGGAAAGGCUUGCCCAACAGCGGAUGGAACGACUGAGACGCAAAGUUGUGGCACAGCUUGUGUCGGGAGUUGGGCGUCGUGGGGUACCUGUGUCGAAGGGUCUCAGACGCGGGACUAUGUGGUAACAACGGCUGUGUCCGGUGGGGGCGUGCCUUGCACCGUUGCUCAUGGGGCGACCGAGAGUCAAGCGUGUGGCACCGGCUGCGUCGGCGCGUGGGCCGACUACAGUGCGUGCAGAGGGGGAACUCAGUCACGGAGCUACACCGUCUCCACUGCGGCAGCUGGUGGCGGGAGCUCGUGCCCAUCCGCAGACGGCGCGACAGAGUCCAGAAGUUGUGGCAACCCUUGUGUGGGCGCUUGGGCUGCUUGGGGUACCUGCGCAGAAGGGUGGCAAAGUCGUGUUUACCGCGUCUCCUCUGCUGCUUCCGGUGGCGGAGCCGUCUGUCCGACUGCGGACGGCACGCAGGAAACGCAGGCUUGUGGCACUAACUGCGUAGGCUCGUGGGGCAGCUGGGGAACUUGCACUGACGGCUCACGAUCCAGGCAUUAUAGUGUGACAACAGCCGCUUCGGGUGGCGGAAAGUCGUGUACGGUGGAAGACAAAACUCCUGAGACAGAAUCCUGUGGCAUAAACUGCGUUGGCGCGUGGCAGGCGUGGUCUUCUUGCAAUGCUGCAACGAAAAAAGAAACCCGCUUGUACAAGGUCACAGCCGCCGCUGCGGGUGGUGGGCGCGCAUGCCCUUACGUCAAUAACGCAGAAGAAGUGCGAGCUUGCGACCCAGGCUGCAUCGGUAGUGCGUGGUCAGCAUGGGGCACCUGCACAGAGGGUUCGGAAUCGCGAACCUACAGUCUUCCUGAUGGCAGUACUGACGGCACGUGCUCCUUUACGAGCGGCAGCGUUGAAUCGCGAAGCUGUGGGACGAGCUGCGUUGGGUCCUGGAGCAGCUACGGAAUCUGCUCUGGAGGAACCCAGUCUCGUACCUACACUGUCGACACACCAGCUUCCGGAGGCGGAAAGUCCUGUCCUACUGCGCACAAUGUGGUGGAAUCGCAGAGUUGCGGCACCAAUUGUGUGGGCGGUUGGAGUGGGUAUGUUAAUUGUGCAGGCGGUUUUCAGACGCGAAUGUACAGCAUCACGAUUGCUGCAGCAGGUGGUGGAGCCGCGUGUCCAUAUGCCUCCGGCGCAGAGCAGACGCAAGCAUGUGGGACAACCUGUGUUGGCAGCUGGAGUGCGUAUGGAGCCUGUAACAGCGGAUCGCAGUUGCGGAGUUAUAGUGUCACCACGGCGGCGGCAGGAGGUGGUCGAACGUGUCCCGCAACGCAUGGCGCAACAGAAACGCAGGCUUGUGGCUCCGAUUGUAUAGGAUACUGGGGUGACUGGGCCACAUGUGCGGACAGCUCGCAGUCGAGGUCCUACAGUGUGCAGUAUAACGCGACAGAUGGCGGUCGAGCCUGCGCUGCUGCUCAUGGCGCAAGUGAAGUCCGCAGUUGCGGCACUAGCUGUAUUGGCUCUUGGCGCGACUGGUCCUCCUGUGCAGAGGGCUCGCAGACUCGAAGCUAUGUUGUAACGUCUGCGGCGGUGGGCGGCGGCGCGUCCUGUCCAUACACUGAUGGCUAUGCGGAGACACAAAGCUGUGGCGCGGAUUGCGUGGGCGCGUGGGGUAACUGGGCCGAUUGCACAGAAGGUUCCCAGUCUCGGCAGUUCAGUGUUACCACGGCAGCGAGCGGUGGCGGGAAAUCCUGCGUUGCUUCGCAUGGUGCGAGAGAGACUCAAACCUGCGGCACGGCCUGUGUUGGGUCCUGGGGUUCCUGGGGCACUUGUAGCAGCAGUAUUGAGACACGGCACUACACUGUCACGACGCCUGCUGCUAAUGGCGGGAAGACAUGCCCUUCUGCAAACGGAGCAGCAGAGACUCACACGUGCAUCGACUCUGGAAUCUGCAGUGGCACUUGGGCUUCGUGGGGAACGUGCAGCGGAGGCACGCAAUCGCGCACCUACAGUGUUUCAGGGGCGGAUGCGGCUAGUUGUACGUUCAGCAAUGGCGAUACGGAAUCGCGCAGCUGCGGCACCAACUGCAACGGAGCCUGGAGUGACUGGACUACCUGCGCUUCUGGUUCUCAAACGCGCACAUUCACAAUCUAUGCAGCUGCUAGUGGGGGUGGGCUGAGUUGCGCCGCGGCUCACAGCGCAGUGGAGACCCAGAGUUGCGGGACCAACUGUGUAGGGGCUUGGAGCAGCUUGAGUGCGUGUGCCAGCGGGUCCCAGACGCGCGAGUACACAGUCACGACCGCUGCUGCCGGUGGCGGCUUAGCCUGUUCGACCGCUGCUGGUAGUAAGGGGUAUCAAAGCUGCGGGACAAACUGCGUAGGCGCAUGGGGCAGUUACGGUGCGUGCGCAGAAGGCAACCAGACACGGACUUACAGCAUUUCAACUGCCGCUUCUGGCGGAGGCAUGGAGUGCGCCUUUGCUGCUAACGCAGAGCAAACGCAAGAUUGCGGAGAAGCCUGCGAGGGAUCGUGGAGCGCGUGGGGUGCGUGUCUCAGUGGACAGGAAUCCCGCACAUUCAGUGUCAUGUAUCCCGCCAAGUCUGGUGGUGUCUCGUGUGAGGCAGCCAACGGCGCUAGCGAGUCGCGAGCGUGCGGCACGAAUUGCGUUGGUGCUUGGGCCGACUGGGGCACCUGCACGGAGGGCUCGCAGAGUCGCACUUACGCGAUCUCCAUAGCUGCUGCUGGUGGCGGCAUUGCAUGUAACUAUGUCCAUGGCGCCUCCCAGGUUCAAGGCUGUGGCACCGACUGCGCCGGAAGUUGGGGUGCUUGGGGCACCUGUUCUGAGGGCUCUCGCUUGCGGUCUUACACAGUUUCAAUACCUUCCGCAAACGGAGGCAAGAGUUGCACCACUGCAGACGGCACUACAGAUACCGAAGAUUGCGGCACAAACUGCGUUGGCACGUGGGGCUCCUAUAGCACGUGCGUUGAGGGCGCGCAAAAGCGACAGUUCCUAGUCACACUUGCAGCCAGUGGUGGAGGCAAGAGUUGUGACUACGCGGAUAAAGCUGAACAGUCACAAGACUGCGGAACCCCCUGUGCAGGCAGCUGGACUGAGUUCGGAACAUGCACCAUGGGUGUCCAAACUCGUACCUAUAGAAUCGAUACUCCCGCUGCGAGUGGCGGGAAGUCAUGUGAGACCGUCGUUGGAGUGACCGAGAGCAGGGAUUGCGGGACACCUUGUGCCGGUAAUUGGGAUCCGUGGUCCGAGUGUGUUGACGCGUCUAGGACAAGAAGUUUCCGUGUUACCACGGCUGCGUUGUUUGGAGGCAAACCUUGUGAUGUAGCGGAUGGAGCCACUGAGACAGAAGUUUGUGGGAUUGAUUGUGUUGCUGCUUGGUCCGAGUGGGGUGCCUGUUCUGAGGGUUCGCAGACUCGCACUUACACAGUUUCGACUCCUGCAGCCGAUGGCGGCAAGGCUUGCGCGAUAGCUGCCGGCACAACGGAAACGCAAACAUGCGGUGUUAAUUGCAUCGGUGCCUGGAGUGGUUUUGCUGCCUGCUCUGAGGGAACCGAAACUCGAACCUUUGUCGUGUCAACACCGGCUUCUGGUGGAGGUGUGUCCUGCGACUUCGUCAAUGGAGCGACGGAAAGCGAAGAUUGUGGGAGUGGUUGCGUCGGCUCAUGGGGUGAGUGGAUGGAGUGCAGUGAUCCAUCAGGCGCUUCACAUGAACGUAGAGUCUACACCAUAAUGACACCCCCAUCUGGCGGCGGCGCCAGCUGUCCUUUUGCGCAUCUGCAAGAGGAACUAGGGAGUGAAUGUGUAGUAUCAUCUGGAUCUACUCCUGUAACAGGAAGUAAUGUAACAUCUUCUUCGAGUGGAGGUGGGUCCUCAUCAGGUGGAUCAUCCCCUUCAUCAGAUGAAGGAGGCACCACACCUCCUCCCGAGAUCGUCGAAACUUUGACCCAUGAGACCUCUGUGGACAUGAGUCUGGGACUGCCGACUGAUAUGACUGAAUCCGACAUCGCUGCAGUGCAGACCGUGGUCAGCGACUCUCUCCAUAGGUCCUGUUGCGAGCCUCUUGUGUCGGCGUCACCACCUGUUUUUUCGUCGAUGGAAGCGUGUUUGAGCGGAGAGGGGGAGGGAGGGGUGACGACAUCACUAGCAAUGGCAUGGACUGGAGCACUAGCCGGAGCAUCGUCUAGUAGUGCUACUUUGUUGGUGAGAAGGAGUCUGCAGAAUGCCGUGGAGGACGAGACGAAGAUGUCCUCGAGGAGUGAUGUCCAUCAUGAUGAUCAGAUGAAGAAACCGGAGGCUUUUCUUCAACAUGAUCUGCACCAUAACUACAUCAAGGUUGCCGAAGGUGGACACCAACAGCAUUCCUUUCGGCGUCGACUCCAAUCUACAGGUGGAGGCACUGGAACUUUCACGAUAAGUGCUCCAGCUAAGUCCCCAGCAAGCAGUACACAUGUGACAAGUGCGCAGAGUGCACUCACCUCAGCACCAAGUCUGGCGCCUGCGAAGAUCGCUUCAACUAUCUCAACAAGCCUGACGACAUCUCUUGCUAGUGGUACAACUGGUAGCGCAUCUUCAGGUUCAGGCUCAGGUUCUGGAAUAGGCUCAAGCUCAGGCUCUUCUUCUUCCUCGAGUGGUUCUUCCUCUAGUGGUUCAUCAACUUCUUCUACCUCUGCUGCCUUAAGUGGUUUCACAUUUACAGCUUCGGUCGCCGCAGUUGCGGUUGCGCCAUCGGUGCAGACUGUGCAGGUGCUUGUUCCUGCGACAACUUCGGCACCUGGCGCUUCGUCUGCUACACCGGCACCAGGUUUGACAGGCGCCUCAGCUAAUUCUGACGUGAAGAAGGCCGAUAUCGAGGACGUCAAUGUUGAAGAUGUUGGCAGUAACAUGACUGUGGUCAUCAUUUUGGGCGCUGCUGCGUUAAUCUUAGGCGUGAUUGCUGCAGCGCUGAUUUGUUACCCAUCGAAAAACAAGGGAAUAAGAGAUGGAGAUUUUGUGAAGCGACGCGGCCAGAAACUGUCGAUAAGAUCCUCGAUGUCGAGUCGUGGAGAAGGGGGUGGCCGGUCGCUUAGAUCCUCUACCGCAAGUGCUGAAGCGUCUAUGCUGAAAACAGUCAGAUCUUCAAUGAUUGAAAGCAAAGGUGGCUCGUUCUUGCGGAGGCAAGGAACGAUUGACUCCCUGGAUGAAGAUGACGUGAAAGUAGACCUGGAAGCUGAAGCGGUGGAUAUCAAGAAGAGCCACCUCAAGAAGGAAAUUACUGUAGUUAGAAAGAGCAGCAGCGCAGGUUCGCCAGAAGGCCGCAGAAGAAGCUCGGGCUUCGCUUCGGGGCGUGGAGAUAUGCAGAAGCGCCGAUCUUCCGAAGGUCCAGGAACAAGUAGUGCUUUACUACCUGAUGCAGCUGCUGCUGUAGGAGCUGCAGAAGGCGCGGCCCCUGCCAAGGGGCGCGUAUCUUCACGACCUAGCGGACGACAAGGCCGAACAAAACGGCGCUCCAGUGCGUCACGCCCUUCAGCCACCGAAAAGAGGUCCGCAGCUACGAUAGAGAUAAAUAUCGCCUCAUCUGCCCUAUCGCAUUCUGCAGGUGGCGAAGAACACGAAAAACAGAAACCAGCGAGGCAUGGUAGAGGUCGGGGAAGACAGCCGCAGCCGCGCGGUUGGGGAAGACAUGCAAAGGAGGGCGAAGGCGAAGAGGCACAUGCAGCAGAAGAAAAGCUUGAUGGGGUAGAUCAUGAAGAGCAAAGUAAAAAGAGUGAUGCGUCAAAUGGAGCAGUUGUACAAGGAAGACCCAAACAUCAACCACCACGUCGAAAGCAUGGCGCUGCCCAUAAGACUGCAGAAGGAGAGCAAGUUGCAGAGGAGGCCCGCAAAACGGAAGAAAAUAUCACGCAGAACGAGAACACAACUGCUGAAGUUGAAGUCCCUGCUGAUAAAAACAAAGCAGAUGAACAAGCAUCCGAGAACACUGCUAAAGAUGGUCCAGCCAAGCCUAAGCGUACACCGGGACGAAGGCAGCCUCAAAGACGGGGACAUGCUCCACAAAAAUCGAAGUCGAGCGACGAGCUUGAUGCAGGAGCAACAGAGGAUCAUGGAGAUCAGUCGCCGUCGGUCAAAGAAGACGCCCCAGGAGCAACAGAGGAUCAUGAAGAUCAGUCGCCGUUGGUCAAAAAAGACAAGAGGGCGAUCAUGAAGACAGUGCCAGGAGAUGCUACAGUAGACGUUGAAGAGCAAAAAGAAGGAACCCCCGAGGUGGAGGAACCACGUAAAAACUCUUCUAAAGGAGCAGAAGAGGAUGAUGGUACUGGAGCUUCAAUCAAGCACAAAGGACAGCCCCACCGUCGUGGGGGUAGACCAGCGCAGCAGAGAAAGAAGAAGGGAGAAGGAGAAGGGCAUGCUGAGGAACUGCGCCAGGAUGUUGAUCAUGAAGGUGAACAAGAAGAUCCCGCGAAAAAUGAAGUAAAGCCUAGUAACACUAAGGAGCCAGCCAAACAAGAUGAAUCAGGUCCAGCUCCAGCUGAAGAAGCUGAACAUGAAACAACAAAGGAAGACGAUGGAGCAGUAAAGCACAAUGAACCUGCGGUACAGCGGCGAGCAGGUCACGGUGGGAGAUGGAAGUGAAAGUGAAAUGAAUAUUAGUUGUAUCUUGGACAUUCACUAUCACUCACGAUGAAAUCUAGCCUGUGCAUGAAUAAUCUGUGUAUCUACUUCCGAAAUGAACAUGAGAAGAGACUGCGAGUCGACACAUCACCAUCAGUCCCCUCUUCAAUAGAAAACUGCCAUAGUACAAGAACAAGAACAGUAGCCAUAUUCCAUAUUCGAUAUACCAUAUUAUUCCGAUAUACCAUAUUCCGAUAUACCAUAUUCCGAUAUACCAUAUUCCGAUAUACCAUGUUCCGAUAUACCAUAUUCCAUAUAUAUUCCAUAAAUGAUUCACCAUCACCUUUACUUACCAAAUGCUAAUCACACACAAUGAAACAAAUCGGUAGGACAAUGCACAGAGCAAAAAACACAUGUCUCACAGCGAGGAGGUACUCGAGUCCAAGUUACCACAACGGCUAGUAGGAGGAGACGUGAACAGGACAAGCUUAUAGGCAUGAAAGGUUAGGGUGUAACGUCAAAGAGCGACCAUGCUUCCUAUGCGGUCCUCCAAGAAGUAGAAGACAGAGCGAAGAACGUGAAUUUCAAUUUCUUUGUGUCUGUAAUGAAAUGAGUUCAGCG